AUGGUCAAUGAAUAUGAGGGAGGAUGGAAUGAACAUUUGUUGGAAACCCUAUGGUCCUACCGGAGUUCAAAAAAGACUGCUACUGGUUUUUCUCCAUCUUUUCUUGUGUAUGGCACCGAGGCUAUAUCACCGGUAGAGCUAUUAGUUCCUACCCCUAGGGUGAUUCAUGGUCAAGAAAUUGAAAUGAGUGCAGCCACCUAUGUAGAAUGUAAGGUCCCCGACCUUGAAACCUUGGAGGAAGUAAGGAAUUUAACCCUUGGUCGUAUCCAGUGGUACCAACAGCAGAUGACCAAUGCCUAUAACAAGGUUAUGAAGGCUAGAACUUUUGUUAUGGGGCAAAUGGUUUUGAAGGCAGCAGAUCACAUGAGAAGGAACCUCUCUGCCCCCUCUAAAUUUGCCCCAAGUUGGGAAGGUCCAUACCUUGUAGGGGAGGCCAAUGACAGCGGUUACUAUCGUCUGUCUACAGCAGAUGGCAAAGUCCUCGCGGAACCUAUUAACGGCAAAUGGCUUAUGAUGUACUAUGCUUAA